CAUAAAUGAGCCUUUAUGGGCAACUGUCGUUCUUUGUGAUUCUUUUGGUGUAGCUCCGUCCACACAAUGGCAUUUUCUCUGAGAAACGACCCCCGUAGGCCCGACAGCCCAGACUCCGACUCGCCGGCCUUGUCGACGUGUAGCAACGCCGACAUCUUCCGCAGGAUAAACACCAUGCUGGGCAACGCUCUGGAUCUGACCGGCGUGUGCACCACUCCCAACAGCACCAAGGGCAAGGCGGACUUGCUGUGCGAGUCGGACCGGGCUGCAGUGGGCAGCAGGAGGAUGCUCUUCGCAAACUGUGGUGGCAUGCCUGGCUCCCAGGAGAUGCAGUCAUCCCGGGUUCCACAGAGUGUGGCAGACCUGGGUCUGGGCCUCCAGUCUCUCAGUUUGUCUGGCUGGGAUAGACCUUGGAGCAGCCAGGAGACAGAGUCACUCUCUUCUCCCUCCCAGGGUCAGACGAGCUCACCCUCAAUGCUGGGCAUCCUGAACAGUCCCUUUAGUGGCAUCCUCGGAAAGCCACCAGCCUACCUACCCAGAGAGUCCAUGAGUAUGACUGCUGACUUCCUGGAGAAGUUCCCUGGCAUGGCUCGCAUGGCUAACCGUUUGGACUCCAGCUCCUUUUUGGAGUCUCGUUCUAGCAGCCCUGAAGACUCUGAGCUAAGUGGCUUCAGCUCUGGUUCUGAACAUCUCUGUGAUAUGUUGUCCACUCUGCGGAUUUCACCUCCCCUGCCUUACCUUGCAUCGAACAUGCAAAAGGACCUGCUGCGACUGGGCUCCCGUCUGGACCCCCAAGACACCAGCUCUCCUCUCACCCCGCCAUCUAGCGCCAGCCCGGCCUCCUCUGCGCUUUCUCGCCGCUGGCGCACUGGCUCCCUGUGGCCUGCUGCAGACAUGCUGGACCAGUCGGAUGAAGCAUUUAGCAUUGAGAGGGAGGCACGUCUGCAUAGACAGGCUGCAGCUGUGAAUGAAGCAACCUUCACUUGGAGCGGUCAGCUGCCCCCCAGAAACAACAAGGAUCCGCUUUACUCCUGCAAGGUCUUUCUUGGUGGUGUACCCUGGGAUAUCACUGAAGCUGGACUCGUCAACACCUUCAGUGGCUACGGCCCUCUGACUGUGGAAUGGCCUGGUAAGGAUGGCAAGCACCCUCGCUGUCCUCCCAAAGGUAAUGUGGCCAAAGGCUACGUCUACCUGGUUUUUGAGAAUGAGAAAUCUGUCCGGGCCUUGCUCCAUGCCUGCUCUCAGGACCCAUUUCACCCAGAGGAUGGCAGGGAGUACUACUUCAAAUUGUCCAGUCGCCGAAUGCGUUGCAAGGAUGUACAGGUUAUUCCCUGGGUCAUUUCGGACAGCAACUAUGUGCGCUGCCCUGCUCAGCGUUUGGACCCCAGCAAGACGGUGUUUGUGGGCGCACUGCAUGGCAUGCUCAAUGCCGAAGCGCUGGCCAGCAUUAUGAAUGACCUGUUUGGAGGAGUCAUGUAUGCAGGCAUUGACACAGACAAACACAAAUAUCCCAUAGGCUCUGGUCGUGUGACUUUCAACAAUCAGCGAAGUUACCUGAAGGCGGUGUGCGCGGCCUUUGUGGAGAUCAAAAGCCCCAAGUUUACAAAGAAGGUCCAGAUUGACCCUUACCUGGAAGACUCAAUGUGUCAAGUUUGCCUCCGCCAAGCUGGGCCUUUCUUCUGCAGAGACCAGGCAUGCUUCAAGUACUACUGCCGCUCGUGCUGGCACUGGCAACAUUCCAUGGACGUACUGAGCAACCACCGACCCCUCAUGCGCAACCAGAAGAACAGAGACUCCAGCUAAGAGUCCUCCAGCAAGCCUCCCGCUUGGGGCCCGCUGCAGAGUGGAGGAGGGCACGUCAGAUGUCAGUCAGCAUGAGGGGCGGGGCACUCCACGAGGCACUGGGGUUAGAUCACUGUAGGAAAUGUUCACUUUUUGCACUUGCUCUGUUUUUGCUGUUCACAGUUGGCACUAUGCACCGUGACCUUGUUGGGAGAGACAAGGGACUGUUCACUUUUCCAGUGUUUUCUCAGAUACUUGAGUCAGCUGAAGGUUAGGAAGUGAGGAA